AUGUCGAAAUUCGGCUGUCUAGUAAUGGGCCCCGCGGGGGCGGGCAAAACGACCUUCUGCACCGCCAUGAUCCAACACCUGCAACACAGUCGGCGAUCCUGCUUCUACGUCAACCUCGACCCGGCCGCGAGCGACUUCGCCUACGAGCCGGAUCUGGACAUACGGGACCUCAUCAGCCUGGAAGACGUCAUGGAAGAGAUGUCACUAGGCCCCAACGGCGGGCUGAUAUUCUGCUUCGAAUUCCUACUCCAAAAUCUAGAUUUCCUGGCGCAGGCCAUCGAACCGCUGUCGGAGGAAUACCUCAUUCUCUUCGAUCUCCCGGGCCAGAUCGAACUCUACACACACAUCCCGCUACUGCCCGAAUUGGUCAAGUAUCUCUCGCGCAUGGGACCCUUGAACAUCAACCUGUGCGCAGCCUACCUCCUGGAAGCGACAUUCGUGGUGGACAAGGCGAAAUUCUUCGCGGGCACGCUCUCGGCCAUGAGCGCGAUGAUCAUGCUCGAGCUGCCGCACGUCAACAUCCUCUCCAAAAUGGACCUGGUGAAGGACCAAGUGGGCAAGAAAGAGAUGAAGCGUUUCGUGGACCCAGACGCGAACCUGCUGGACGACGAGGACACGGGGCGAGGAAGCGCGGUGGAGCCACACACGGUCGACGUGCACAACCCGCAGGAGAUCGACCAGGUCAUGUCGGGUCGCUCCUUCAAGCAGUUGAAUCAGGCGGUCGCGCGGUUGAUUGACGACUUCAGCAUGGUGUCGUACCUGCAGCUGGACGUGAGUGAUGAGAACAGCGUCGGUGACAUCCUGAGUUACAUCGACGAUGCCAUCCAGUACCAUGAGGCGCAGGAACCCAAAGACCCCAAGGAAGUCGAGAUGCAGGAGCCUGCCUGGCAGGAAGAGUGA